AUGGUGUGGGUGUUUUUUUUUUUUUUUUUGCUCUGGUGACAGCAAGUUCAGGCAGGGUGUGUGACGGAGGAGAUAUGAGAAGAGUUCCCAAAGCAACAGGCACUCAGAACACAUAGAGAAGAUCGCCCAGGAACACAGAGACACAGCAGCUUUAAAGACAUAAAAACAACAACAGAGAGAUACAUUGCAUCGCGAAGGAGAAGAGAAGGAGAGAAACAAAAGAAAGAGAAGAGAAGGAGAGAAACAAAAGAAAGAGAAGAGAAGGAGAGAAUAAAAAAAGAAAAGAUGGCGAUCGGAAAGAGUCCCAGAAACGGUUCCGUCAGGUCUCCAAAGUACCUGGACAAGAGUUCUGGGUUCUACGGUCGCCUGGAUGAGCCCGAGAUGGGAGGAGAGGAGGAGGAGCGGGGGAGAGAGGGGGACUGGGGGGGAUCGUGCCCAGCCACAGAGCUCUCUACGCGGGGAGAGACGGACCGGGGAGAAGCUGGGGUGUUUGACUUCAACGAGGGAAUGAUGGAAGAUGACGACACCACUCUCCUCCGAAGGAAACCCAGCCGGCUCAGCUCCCGCUGGAGAAGAAGCUCCAGGAAGGCCAAACCCCAGGCGAUCUCCCCUAGGCAGGGGGACCAGAUCCUGGGUACGGAGAUUGAGGCCCCUGUCCUGGAGGUCACUGCGGUGGAAGUGAGAAGGAGCCGCUGGGGGAGAAGCACCGGGAAGAAACAGGGGGCCGAGCCCCUGACGGUCUCCCCCAGGGAGGAGGGCCCGAACAUGGGUACGGAGAUGGAGACACAAACCCCUGUCCUGGAGGUCCUGGAGGUGGAGGUGAGGGUAGAGACUGAAGAAGGACAGAGGGAGAAAGAGAGAACAGAAGAGGAGAGGACGCUGGUCCACUUUGCGAGCAGAGAAGAAGCGGAUGACCAGGUUCUGAUAAAGGACAAUAAGAGAGGGAGGGAAGAAGAGAAGGAGGAGGAGAUGAAGGUGAUGAGGAAGAGGAGCACGCUGAAGAACUACCGCAAGACUUUCGACCGAGCGUUCCGUCGAGGGUGGGAGACCUUCGUCACUAACCUGUACAGCGUGACGCUCACACCUGACUCAUCAUCAUCACCGCCACCAUCAAGGGAGAUGCACCAUUCCUCAGCAUUAGCAGAUUACAGAUAGGAUUCACAAACCUGUUCAUCUAAUCUGUAAACUGCAAUUGUUCCAAUCAGGUUAUGUAACGCCCAUAUUGUAAUUUGAGAUUGAGGCUGGCUUGGACAGAGCGUUCCGUUUGUGUUCUCAACGCAAAUGACCUGUGUUCACCUCAAUGUAUGGUUCAGUUGAUUAAUCAAGCAGUGAUAUUGAUCUAGUACAUACGGGUUUAUCAAUGAUCAAUAUGAACAGCACCCGAUUAACACCAGGAAGUACACAAAGUUUAACUCAUUCUUAUUCUGAAUUUCAAAAUAGCACACUAUUGUACUAGUGCACUAAAUAGGGAAUGGGUUGACUACUUCCUCAAGUUCAUACCUCUCUGGAGGACCGUCUGCAGGGUGGUUUCAGUGUUGUGCAACCUGAGGGAUAAAGUAUGUUUCACUACACAUGUGCCUAAUGAACGCAGCCCAAGAUGAGACCUGAUAACGUAUGUUUCACUAUCCAUGUGCCUAAUGAACGUAGCCCAAGAUGAGACCUGAUAACGUAUGUUUCACUAUCCAUGUGCCUAAUGAACGUAGCCCAAGAUGAGACCUGAUAACGUAUGUUUCACUAUCCAUGUGCCUAAUGAACGUAGCCCAAGAUGAGACCUGAUAACGUAUGUUUCACUAUCCAUGUGCCUAAUGAACGUAGCCCAAGAUGAGACCUGAUAACGUAUGUUUCACUAUCCAUGUACCUAAUGAACGUAGCCCAAGUGUGUUAUGUUUGUUUCAUAAAAAGAGAACGUUUACAUACCAUGAAAUUAACUAACUAUGGGGGACAUGAGGGUACGAAAAAAACGGUCUCAAACUUUGGUCCUCUGACUUUGUCUAAAAGGAGGUUGCACACAACACACAUUUAAUACAUUAUUUAUUCAUGUUAAUGUAUUUACUAUAUGAUCAGUUUUCACACAUUUCUGUGUAAUCUCUCUCAAUAAUAUCUUACCAAAGAGUUUAUUUAUUUUUAAUUAUUGGCUUAAAUCACAACAUAAUAUCUCUCUCUUGCAGCAUUGAAGUCAAGCUCAGGAUUAUAUGAGAGCUAUACUGAGCUGGUGGAGAAUGGUUUGUUUUCUGUGUUGCACUUGAAUUACUAAAUUGUUAUAUUUAGUUUAAAAAUCAAUGCUUUGUAUUACUUGUGCCAUCUUUGUAGCCUUUGUCCUUAAAUAAAAUAUAAUUUCUCAAA